AUGAUGGACCUGUCACGAAAAGUUGUGAUUGUUGGCGAUGGUAUGGUUGGAAAGACAGCUUUGCUUUGUGCUUAUGUGAACGGCCAAUUUCAGGAGGACUAUAUUCCAACCGUAUUUGAAACCACAGCUAAAGAAAUCGAACUACCUGACGGUCGACAGAUCACACUUGGUUUAUGGGAUACUGGGGGUCAAGAAGAAUUCGAUCAGAUUCGCCAGCUUGCCUAUCCGGGGGCCAGUUUGAUUUUGUUAUGCUAUGCCGUGGAUUGUCCCACAAGCUUGGAUAACAUUAUACAAACUUGGGUUGGUGAAGUGCGAAACUACUGUCCACAUAUUCCCUUGAUACUAGUCGGGUGUAAGUCUGACAGGCGUUUCGUUUGUCCGUCCUCAUAUUCGUCUAAUCAAAUUCACUACGGUUCACCGGCAGGUCUACUCACUCCGAUCAAACCGGAAAAGGCCCAGUGGGUGAGUCGCCAGAUCGGAGCACAGGUUCACAUUGAAUGUUCCGCCUAUAAUCGAUCCAAUGUGGAGACUGUGUUCGAAUUAGCAGCCCGAUUCAUUCUGGACCUGUGCGUGGAACGACCUCGAACCAUCAGUAUUCGUCGGAUGCUUUCAUUCAAUCGAGACAAAUCUUUGAACAACGGCAAUGCCGGAUACACAUCGCACAAUUCCCAAUCCCAACAAUCGAAGCAAUGCAUUUCUCAGUGUCUUCCAUCAUCAAAACGGAAACGAGUGUCUCGGGGACCGUUUUCGUGCUUUUCCGGACAGGCUUGA